AUGUUCAGCUGGUUCGACACCUUGGACCGACAGGCCAUUUCGGACCUGUCAGGCUCCUUUUCCUUUGUCAUCUGGCUCUUCGCACAAUCGCCGCAGCUCUAUGAAAACUACCGACGCGGCUCGGUCGAAGGGCUCUCUCCUGUCUUUCUCACCCAAUGGAUGCUUGGAGACGCCACGAAUCUGAUCGGCUCUCUUCUUACACAGCAGUUGCCUUUCCAGAUCGCCGUCGCCACUUACUUUUGCUGUGUCGAUGUCUGCAUCAUGGUGCAGUUCGUCUACUACUGGCGCAAAGCAAGUAAAGAACGAGCGCAACGCUCCAUAAACAGAUCACGCCAACAUUCCGGCAGCCUCUCCUCGCCAUACCCGCCCAAUCCGUACUCAGUCUUGUCCGAGGCUAGCGAGCUGCUCGCAGGCAGAACAAGUCGACACAACUCAUUCCUGCGCAGCUCCAGCAAACGACGCGUCAACCUCUCUCAUUCGCAGCACCUUGUUCAUCCGCACCGUCACGCGACACAGUACUCUCAACCACACAACGAUCCACACGCACCCUUGAUAUCGCAUUCAGACACUAAUACUCCCGCACAUGCACCCCACAGCGACCGCCGCCCCGCACACGCUCGCUAUGAGUCGUCAAGAUCAAGAUCGCGUCAUCCCCCCUCUCUCAGUAGGAACAGCUCGACGGACAACGUCUCUGGGGUGGCAGCUGGUUCGGUCGCCAACUACCGUGCGCUCUCCGAUGCUGCUCUUUCGGUCGCGCAAUUGGCUCAGGAAGCAGCAAGACGUCGUGAAGCUAUGCUGCAUCCAGUGCACACUGCAGACCAAGACUACUUUUCACAUGGCAGAACCUACUCGCAUCGCAGCAAGUCGCGCACAUCUUGUUCUCCCAAUCACUCGCAACCACCAUCACGCACGCGAUCGCGUGUCAACAGCAACGAGGUGGCUCGGCCAGAUGAGUUGAGCACUGAUUUGGCAUCAGGCACACAUUCGGCCAAAGUCGUGCGAGAUGCACCCUCGUCAGCUUCGGCUUCGCGCAAAUCGCGCAUCGCCCGGUCGAUGAGCUCUCGAAGAAAUCCGAUGGUGACCAACGUCGACUUUGUUCCGUCGGCGCUGAGUCCAACAAGAGAGAGCAAGGAUGUUGAUGAAGCAACUUCAGCGCUCAGAUCCACGUCACGAGCAGAGCAUCAAGAGAGCGAGGCCGAGUCAGUGUCUGAAGCCGAAUCUGGCUCGCGAGACGAGACCGACGAGACUGGCUCGGCAGCCAAUCUGACAGAUAGCGUCGACAGCUUAGCUAGCAUCAGCACAAAGUCGAGCCGUGCAUCUGCAGAGCCUCGAGGACGUGACAUGGUACGCACGGCAACGCGCAUCGAUACGGCUCCCGCUUCAGGCGCAGCGACGCCGGCGGUAGCCGAUGGCGUCCGCCGCGACCGCACAUUGUCGCCUUUCUCAGCGCACUCUUCGUCGGACGGCACAGCGCGACAUGCGUCGCCGCAUCCUGUCUCGAGAGAGGCUAGCAACACUAUGUCCCAGUCGCACGGUGUGCUGGAGCGACACGAUCGAUUUGUCCAAGCAGCCACAUGCAGCAACCAAGUAGAAGAUACCAACGCGCUCCAAGACGCAUCCGGGGCUCGAAAUACGCCGAGUCACAACUCGACGCGAGACUCGUCGCCUGCAGCAUCCAUGUAUCGCUCGGUAGACACACUCGCAAAGCGUGACGCAAGCGGCAAGAGGGCCAUAGUCCGUAGCAUGUCGUCUCGAUCUCAUUCCAAGCGCGCAGCGACGGGAGGAGGCGCCGGAAGAGCGUCGGCGGGGGCGAGUGCGAGUGCGAGCGGGAACAAGCGGAGUGGGACCAAAUCUCCGGCGUCGAUGCGGAGGAGUAUUGGAAUGGUGUUGCUGGGCAUCAUCAUGGUCAGCUCUUUCCCGUCUACGAGCAUGUCUGCUGUCGUGUCCGGCGUUGCAGUCACUGGCGACGUCAAGCGCUCGUCGCUGUUCGACGCCGACGGCGCAUCGUGGCGUCGGCUCGUGGGGCGUAUCAGCGCAUGGCUCUGUGCUCUGCUCUAUAUCACUUCGCGUAUCCCGCAGAUAUGGGAAAACCAUAUCCGCCGCUCAGUCGCUGGCAUCUCGAUCCUGCUCUUCAUCGCUGCAUUCUCGGGCAACUUGCUGUACACCAUCAGCGUGCUCACUAACCCCUCGGCAAACGGCGACGCGGCCAGAACGUAUCUACAGGAAAGCCUCCCGUUUUUGCUCGGCAGUGGAGGCACGUUGGUUUUCGACCUCAUGAUCGUAGCUCAGUGGGCGGCGUGGAGGAACAAAGUGUAG